AUGUCAAAGCCUCUUACUUUCUACACCGCUGGGACCCCCAACGGUCGCAAGGUCUCCAUCCUCCUGGAAGAGCUCAAGGCCACCUAUGGUCUUCAGUACGAAGCCCACAAGGUUGACCUCGGAAAGAAUGUCCAAAAGGAACCGUGGUUUAUUGCUCUAAACCCUAACGGUCGAAUCCCUACUCUUGUAGAUCCCAACCGCGACUCGUUCUCCGUCUUUGAGAGUGCCGCCAUUCUGUUAUACCUCCAACAACAAUUUGACCCAGAAAACAAAUUCGGUUUCGAUCCCGCCCAGAGCCCCAAAGACUACAGCGAGAUGCUGCAAUGGAUAUUCUUUGCUCACGGUGGUGUCGGCCCUAUGCAGGGUCAACUGAACCACUUUAACAGAGCCGCACCUGAAAGUAUCCCGUACGCGAAGAAACGUUACCAUGACGAAGUUAGGCGGCUGUACGGCGUUCUUGAAAUCCGACUCAAGGACCGCGACUAUUUGGCUGGAUCCGGCAAGGGCCAAUACUCACUGGCUGAUCUGAAUGUUUAUCCAUGGGUCAACAUUCACGCGUUGAGCGGUAUUGAGUCGUUGGACGAAUGGCCUGGAUUGAAGGGUUGGUUGGAUAGGAUUGCGGCAAGACCGGGUGUUCAAGCGGGCAAUCAAGUUCCGUAA